AUGGAGCCAGAAAGAUUGCAACAAGGCAGCUACCCCAUGGCCGUGGGCCUCAACAAGGGCCAUAAGGUAACCAAGAACGUAAGCAAGCCGAGGCACAGUCGCCGCCGCGGGUGCUUCACCAAGCACACCAAGCACACCAAGUUCGUGCGGGACAUGAUCCGGGAGGUGUGCGGCUUCACUCCGUAUGAGCAGUGCGCCAUGGAGCUGCUCAAGGUUUCCAAGGAUAAGCGGGCCCUCAAGUUCAUCAAGAAAAAGGUGGGGACACACAUCUGUGCCAAGAGGAAGAGAGGGGAGCUGAGCAACGCCCUGGCUGCCAUGAGGAAAGCAGCUGCCAAGAAAGACUAA